AUGUGGGUGCGGAUGUUGGUGAUGCUAGCUUUGGUUAAUGAGUGGUGUCAUUGUUGUUUGGAGGAAGAAAGGAUUGGCCUCUUAGAGAUCAAAGUUUGGAUAAAUGACCCCAAUCCCAAUAUCUUGAGUGACUGGGUGGACAAUAAAAAGGAUACCGAUUGCUGCAAGUGGCAUGGGGUUAAGUGCGAUAGUACCACAAAGCGAGUUGUCGAACUCUCUCUUGAGGAUACAAAGAAUGAUUAUUGGCGAUAUGAGGAUUUGUAUCUCAAUGCAUCUUUAUUUCUGCCUUUCAUAGAAUUGAGAAGUCUCAACUUGACUAGGGUCGGAUUAUUUUGUUGCUUUAAGAAUCAAGGCUUCGAAAUCUUAUCAUCAAAAUUGAGGAAACUUGAGACCCUUAACCUAGACUUCAAUCAGUUUAAUGACAGCAUUUUAUUGUCCCUCGGCCAGCUUUCAUCUCUCAAAUCUUUAAAUCUGGCUGACAAUUGGCUAACAGGAUCUACUAGUAUCAAUGGUUUUGAAGUCCUAGUAUCAGGGUUGAGAAAACUAGAGGAACUUGACUUAAGCGGGAAUACAUUGAGCGACAACAUUUUAUCAUUUCUGCAUGAGCUUUCAUCUCUCAAGAUUCUGGACUUAUCAUAUAAUAACUUGACUACAAUAUCAAGUGGUAUCAAUGGUAAAGUUGCGAGUCCUAUCUCAAAUGGCCUUCUCUAG